AUGGUUGUUAGCUAUCAUUCGAGCAUGAGCCAAAGUGAUUACUUCAGAACUGCUGUUCUACGUUCAAAAGGAAACGUAAUCUUUAUUUUAGACUAUAAAGAGCUUAAUGACUUAAGUAUUUUUAAUACUUACAUGGGAGCUCUCGGUCAGAAUCACAGACAAAUGGUUAUUGGAGUCAGAAAUUCUUCUACAAAUUAUUUUAAUGCUUUUGAACAGAAAAUCUUCCAUAUUUUCAAGACAGAUGACAACUUCUUAAUAUCUCGACUCGUUACAAAGGAAGCUGCUUACAAAAUAUUUGCAAAUUCUCAUAUUGACGAUGAAUUCUUUACUGUUGAAGCAAAUAGACUUGGCAAGCUCGAGCAUUGCAAAAUACAUCAAGUAUUCAUACAAAAUAUUACUCAACCAGAACCUCCAAAAUUUAUUUGGUAUACGAAGCUGAUACAUCUUCUCCAGAUCGGAUUUUUCUACAAGAUAAACAUAUGGACCUAUAAGAGAAUGUAUUCAGCCUUCCAAACUAAAUUCGAACCCGAAGAAUUAUAA